AAAUGCAUUUGUAUUGUUUCAGGUAACCCCUACUUUCGAAAUAAUGGAGCACCAAUCAUCAGACGAAGAUUUUUAUAGCAUAUGCUUGAAUAUGACCUCUGAUGAACUUAGCCUUGGAGCAUGUAACUACAGCAAUGAAUAUGAAAGUGGAGAGCUACUAGAGAAAGUCGUGUCCAGGGUUGUACCAAUUUUCUUCGGCUUCAUCGGAAUCGUUGGACUAGUCGGCAAUGCUUUGGUCGUGUUGGUCGUCUCCGCCAACCCUGGCAUGCGAUCGACCACAAAUCUCCUCAUCAUAAAUCUGGCAAUAGCUGAUCUCCUCUUCGUCAUUUUCUGCGUACCUUUCACAGCCACGGACUAUGUAAUGCCAAGAUGGCCGUUCGGCGACUGGUGGUGCAAAGUUGUGCAAUAUUUCAUAGUAGUGACCGCCCACGCGUCAGUAUACACCUUAGUGCUUAUGUCCUUAGACAGAUUCAUGGCUGUGGUACACCCAAUAGCAUCAAUGUCGAUCAGGACAGAGAAGAAUGCGUUAUUAGCGAUAGCUUGCAUUUGGGUGGUGAUACUAACGACAGCAAUACCUGUAGCAGUAUGGCAUGGGGAGAGAGAGUACUCUUACUACCAUAGAAAUCAUUCGUCAUGCGUCUUUCUAGAAGAGCAGGGUUACAGCAAGCUGGGCUUCCAGUUGUCGUUCUUCCUAUCUUCAUACGUCGUACCGUUGGCGUUGAUUAGUUGUUUGUACAUGUGUAUGUUGAUCCGGCUGUGGAAGAGUGCGCCGGGGGGGAGGGUAUCUGCGGAAAGCAGGAGGGGGAGGAAGAAAGUGACCAGGAUGGUCGUCGUGGUGGUUGUGGUGUUUGCUGUGUGCUGGUGUCCUAUACAGAUAAUCCUGCUAGUAAAAGCGCUGGAUGCGUACAGCAUCAAUUACUUCACAGUGACGGCGCAGAUCGUCUCCCACGUGCUGGCCUACAUGAAUAGCUGCGUCAAUCCGCUGCUAUAUGCUUUCCUGUCGGAGAACUUCAGGGUUGCAUUUAGAAAAGUGAUGUACUGCCCGCCUGCCCACAACGACGGCCUGUGCAACCGGCCGCAGCCCACCAAGACCACCAGGACCGGCAAUGGGAACUCCUGCCACGACAUCGUCUGAGAUUCGGUCCGCGGGCGUCGCGCCCGGGAAUCCGAACAAGCUACUGUGGUGUAAGCAUAAGUGAACAAUUAUAAACAUAAAUUAACAAGUGUAAACUUAAGUAAACAAGUGUUGAUGCUAGCUGGUAAUAGUGUAAAAAUGUACCAUACUUUUAGAUUAGGUUGAGAAGGCCCUUUUGAAUGUUAGUUAGGCUAGAUGUGGGUGUGAGUGUUCAAGGAGGCACCAUAUGUACUGUAAAAUAAUAUUAAGUUCUAGGCCUCAUUCCUUUGUAUGUGAGAUAUGGUUUGAAAAAUGCUGGACGGAUUGUAAAUACCUUUAAUUUUUACAAGAGAAAUGAAUAUACCUAAUAUUUAGUACUGACAUAACUAAUUUUUCCUUUUUUUCUAUAAAUAACUGUAUAAAUGUAUGUAAAUUAUGUUAAUCCAUUAGCUUUGGUUGAUAAAAACCAAUAUAAUUAGUGAAGCAACAUCAUUAUAAUUUAUCCGUUGUUUGAUAGACAAAGUGACAAAAAGGAAAAAAAACUAGCUAACAUUCACAGCAAAAAUUGCAAAAUGCAAAAAAAUCUGUAGCUAACGACUAUAAUAUUUUAACAAAAAAGUUUAUUACUCAUAGUGGCGUAAAAUAAGCCAAAAAGUAUUAAAAAUGCGCCACUCGUUGUGCUUUUUACGACCUGUCCAGUCCGAUUUUGCUUAAGAGAGUAUAUGGUCGGGUAGGCAAAGUAAGUAACUUGCAAAGUAUAUUGCGAGAGCCUAACUUUAUCUCCGUUUUCAGGAGUACAUUUGUUUUUUAAAGUAUGCAUAAGUUGCAUUA